AUGCUGAGAAUCACAGCGAAGAAGGACGUCGUAGACGAUAGGAGAUAUGUUUACAACGCCUACAAAGUGUUCGUGGAGGACCUCAAGAACGAGCGCACACAUCGCAUCUUCACCAUUUCCACGUUCUGUGAUUUCACCGCCGGCAAGUGGUUCAAAGAAGUUUUGAAAAGCUGCCGGAACAGCCACGGGAAGAUAGUCGUCGGCGUCUGUGCCGAGGUUGAAGCCGAUUGGUUAAAAAACGUCGCCUGCAGCGACCCCGGUGACGAUCCCUACGGCAUCCUUCAGCUCUGCAUCGGCUCGCAAUGUCUCAUCUACCAGUUGCCGGAGCCUGGCGACGACCCGCCGAGGUGCGUAACAGAGUUUUUCUCUGAUCCAAACGUUGUUGCUGUUGGUGUUGGUAUGAAGACGCUGGCGAAGAGGAUGCUGCGGGAGCAAAGGUUGAAGAUGGUGAACACAGUGGAUUUGGGGACUUUGGCUUUUGAGGGGCUGCGAAGGGAGGAUCUGGAUCUUGGUCGCUAUGAUCUAGACCGGCUGGCGAAGGCGGUGUUGGGGAAGCACAUGGAUGUGGUUCGGCCAGAGAAGGAUAUGAAGUGGUACGAUAGGAGUCAUUACGACUGGUACGACAGAGUGCUCACCUGCGAGAAGGCCGCCUAUGCUACUGUCGAUCCAUACCUUUGCUUUCUCAUCGGGACUCAGCUAUACGAUAUGAUCAAGGAUCAUUCUGCUCCCAGGAAGAACAAGAAGAAGAACAGGAACAAGAACAAGAAGAACUAG